AUGGCAUCUUCGGUUCUACCAACGCAUGAUGACGUCGACACAAAAUCAAUAAUAUCUAUGCAGGAGUUGGAUCCAUCUCCAGUGGACGAGGGCUUUCCUGAUAUCCCUUAUGAGACUUAUACAGAUAAAUAUGAGCCUCCAACUGGGCGAAAUUUUGGAUGGUCUCCGCUAGGCCUCCGCAGCCUAAAUUGGGAUUCCUGGUUGUCGGCUCUACAGAGAUAUUCCACGUACCCUCCCACAAUCUUCGCCGCGCUGCAUUUUGCAAAUACCUCGCUCAUUCCUAUAGCGACUCGCUCAGUCUCCGAAAGCGAUAACUAUCUCCUCCUUACAAGGCCCAUUUAUCAAUCUCCCUCGCUUGAGCAUGUCAUUCUGACCGUGCCCGUACUGACACAUAUUGCGUCUGGAAUCGCCCUACGAAACAUCCGCUCUUCACGUCGCGCGCGACUAUAUGGAGCCGAGACAAGAGAUCAGAGGUACACGCUCAGUUUCUGGCCCCGGAUGAGCUUGCAGGCGCGCUUAGGAUAUGUAUUUGCCCCGCUUCUCGCUACUCAUGUCCUUGUCAAUCGCAUUGUGCCAGUUAUGAUUGAUGGCGGAAGCUCGAGCAUUAAUUUAAGCUUUGUUGCUCACGGAAUUGCACGCAACCGUGUAUUAUGGGUCACAUACUAUCAUAUUUUUGUCUUUGUCGGGAUAUACCACAUUCUAGGUGGCCUGGCGUCUUGGAUGGGCUGGAGGAUUACUACGGCUCGGAAAACUCGAGGUAGCAAGAAGGGCACUUUGGAAGGUGACCUUGGACAUACCGAAAGUGAUCAGCACAUCAAGAGACGGAAACGAAUGUGGUGGAAUUUCAACAAGAUCGCUACUCUAGGAGCAUGUGUCUGGCUUGCUGGCGCGCUAUGGGUAGUUGGAAAUGCCGGGAAUGGUAUUGGCUGGGAAGCCAAAGGCUGGAAUGAAAUAUAUAGCCAUGUGCCGGUCAUUGGAAGCUGGCUAUAG